AUGUCGUCCUCCUCGUCCCGCCCCGAAGUCGUAGGCAUGGAAUCCGGCCCCGAGCCGCCCUACCCAUACAAGAUGGAGGGCAAGGUCAUUUCCGGCUUCGGCCGCGGCUCCAAAGAGCUCGGCAUCCCAACCGCCAACCUCCCCGUCGACGACGCCCUCACCCCCUGGAUCUCCAACGUCCCCUCCGGCGUCUACUUUGGCUGGGCCUCCCUCGCCCUGCCCGCCGACCACCCCGACCGCCCCCCCUCAGACAGCAACGGUUCUUCUUCCAUCGCCGUCUUCCCCAUGGUCAUGUCCAUCGGCUACAACCCCUUCUACAAAAACACCGUCCGCAGCGCAGAGGUCCACAUCCUGCACUCCUUCGCCAGGGACUUUUACGACGCCCACAUGCGGCUGCUCAUCCUCGGCUUCAUCCGCGAGGAAAAGGACUACGACAGCCUCGAGGCGCUGAUCCGGGACAUCAACAUCGACUGCGACGUCGCCAAGAGGAGUUUGGGCAGGGAGGGGUGGAGGUGGGAUAAGGGCGCCAAGGAGGAUGCUGAGUGGUUCGUGAAGCCUUUAUAG